AUGGCUGUUGGCGGACCUGUUGUGAAGACAAUGUCGGGUCGGGACGCACGGGAGGCGCGGGCGAAGGCGCUGCAGGAGAUCCGCAUUAGUCUUCAGCCGUUCGCCAACAAUGACAGACCGACCAGUAGUGCCAGCAGUGCCUCCGACACCAACUCAUCGCCCGGUCAGACCUGUCAGACCAUUGGACACAUACUCGCGCGCGAGUCGGCCAUCAAUGGCUCGUGCGGGUCGUCCAUCCGGUCCGACAGUCCGGGCGUCACGUGUAUCGCAAACAUACACAGGGAUCGACUCCUUCCCGAUCAGCCCCGCAUUCUCAACAGCAAUGGCCUACCACUCAAUGAUCACAUGAACGGCCACACCAAUGGCCACCCACUGACAUACCUGCCCAACGGCCACACCAAUGGCCUCACUAACGGCCACUCCAAUGGCCACCUCAACGGCCACGUGAACGGCCAUCACCUCCACUCACAUCACCCCCACUUCCAUCACCACUCCGUCAACAACAGCAGGACUUCUCCCAACUAUAUGUCGGCCGAACCGCCGCCCCCUUUGCCCCCUCCGCGGGGCUCAAUAGUGGGCCAGACGUUGGCCCAGUUGUCGGACACGAGUCCCACGCCGUCGUCGAAGAAUUCAAGCGUUGAAAUACCGGUGCAAAACAUGACGACCAAUGGCGUGAACGGCAGUGGUUCCAGCAAUGCUGCCAUUCAUCAGCAGUUGCAGCACAUGAUCAAACGGAUGACACCGAACAGUGCCAACAACACGUCGCUCACCACCAAUGGAGUGCAUGUGUCGGGUCGGGCGCAGGCCUACAGUUACGCGUCGUCGGCGUCGAGUUCGUCGCCCCAAAGAGGGACGUCUCCCAUCUCUUUCGUACACAACGGCCACAACAGCGCCACCACUUCCAGCCGAAGCAGUGCCAACUGUGCGCCCAAUUUAACUCUCAUUACCAGCCAUUUGUCACAACAGUUGCAGAAUUUGGCCAUUUAUUCCGCCUCUUCUAACAAUUCAAACUCUAAUAGCUCUUCACUUCCGCCACAACUCAUGCCUUACGCCGUAUCGCAAAGUCCCGUCAGUUUUGGCUCCAUAUACUCUCCGCCGCCAUCUUAUGCCGCGUCGUCCAGUUCUGGGCGUCAGUCGCCGACGCCUACCAUCUCCAGCAGUUCCGACUACGCGUCGAUACCGCCGCAGGCGCUCAUCAAUAGUAUGCAACACAACAUCCAUAAGAAACUGUCGCCCGUCUCGUCCACAUCCAGUGCCUCAUCACUACAGACCGCGUCGUGCGCUUCCAACGCAUCCAAUUCUUCCAAGUCGUCAAGUCUUGUCAAUCGGCCGUCCCUUCAGCCCUGGACUGCCAGACAAGCCAUCUCUCAAUCACCAGUGAUUAUGCAAUCAGUGAAGAGCACUCACGUCCAGAAGCCUACGACGACCAACGGUCGGACCGCUGCCAUCCAGGAGUGCUAUCCGGCGAACCCUCCGCCCUCUUAUGCCACGGCUAUGCAACAGCAGCAGCAGAAACAACAGUUCCAUCAGUUGAACAGCGAUACCGUUCCCAUACAAAGUCCUCCACCACUAAGUCAACCGCCGCCGCCUCCACCCCCUCCACCCUAUACGGCCCCCAAAGGGCCCGACAUGUCGUUCAGCAACGACUUCAACGGCGGCGCAGUGCAGGUGCCCACCACUGAACCGCCCAGUUAUGCCUCGUCUGUGGCCGCGUUAGUGGCGCAGAGGGCGGGCAUUACCAGCACGAGGACUACGCCCGCGUUGCAAAUGCCCACACGUCCCGCACCGAUACCUCCGAGCACUGAUCGCAGCGAUUUGGUCAACACUGUGGAGAGUAUAUGCAAUUCGCAAGUGAGUGCUCUUCAAGGGGUGCCGUCGAUGGGUCGGCGCCAACUCGAAGGAGUGCCACCACUGCCUCCCAAACCCAACCAACUGAACAGUGAUGUGACGAGUAGUACCAAUAGUAACACAACGGACUUCGAUUCGGACGCCAGUGUCUCGACGUCGUCGACCAGCGAACAGAACACCACCACAAAGAAGUCGCAGCACAAGACCACACAUCAGUCGCCGAUUCCUCCGCGAAAGAGUCUCUCCAAAGAGAAGGAGAAAGAGAGGCGCGAAUCCAAAGUGAAGAACUACUCGCCCGCGGCCUUCAAGUUCUUUAUGGAACAACACGUGGAGAAUGUGAUAAAAUCUCAUCAGCAAAGAGAGCGCCGACGCCAACAGUUGGAGUCAGAGAUGGCCAAAGUCGGGCUCACCGACGAAGACCAGUGCCAGAUGAGGAAAAUGCUGUACCAAAAGGAGUCCAAUUAUCUGCGCCUAAAGAGGGCUAAAAUGGACCGAUCGUUGUUCACGAAGAUCAAGAACAUCGGCGUCGGAGCGUUCGGCGAAGUGGCUCUCGUCCGGAAGAUCGACGCCAACCAGUUGUACGCCAUGAAGACCCUGAGGAAGUCGGAUGUACUGAAGCGCAAUCAAGUGGCGCACGUGAAGGCCGAACGAGACAUUCUGUCCGAAGCGGACAACGAUUGGGUCGUCAAACUCUACUAUUCCUUCCAAGACGAGGAUUACCUCUAUUUUGUCAUGGAUUACAUACCCGGCGGUGAUCUCAUGUCUUUGCUCAUCAAGUUUGGUAUUUUCGAUGAACCGCUCGCCAGGUUUUACAUCGCGGAAUUGGUCGCUGCCGUCGAGAGUGUCCAUAAAAUGGGUUUCAUUCAUAGAGACAUAAAGCCCGACAAUAUACUGAUCGAUAGGGACGGACACAUAAAGCUGACGGACUUCGGUCUGUGCACUGGGUUUCGGUGGACACAUAACUCGAAAUACUAUCAACGAAACAACGGUAUCGAUAGUCACGACCGGCAGGACUCGAUGGACAUCGACGAGUCGUGGGGUGCGAACAACUGUCACUGUUUUGUUCCCACAUCUAAGCCGUUGGAGAGGAGAAAACGGAGAGAACAUCAGAGAUGUUUAGCCCAUUCACUGGUGGGAACCCCUAAUUAUAUCGCACCCGAAGUGCUGAUGAGAACGGGUUAUACCCAACUGUGCGACUGGUGGAGUGUUGGCGUUAUCCUCUAUGAGAUGAUUGUAGGCAUUCCUCCCUUCAAUGCAAACACACCCGAAGAAACUCAAAACAAAGUCAUCCAUUGGGACAAAACAUUGCGUAUACCAAAGGACCGCAACUUUUCCACAAACGCUUCCGAUUUGAUACUGAAGUUGUGUUGCGGACCGGAGGAGAGGCUCGGGAGGAGCGGUGCCGACGAUAUCAAGAAGCACUCGUUCUUCGAGGGCAUCAACUUUGACAGUGAGCUGAGGAAACGGGUGGCGCCUUAUGUACCGGAGAUCAAGUACGAGACGGACACUUCCAACUUCGAUGAGAUCGACGACAAGUUCCACUCCAACGGCACGUCCAAUGAUAUGCUGUCGCGCGAGGACUACGACUAUAUAAACCAAAUGAAUGGCCACUACUCGGAGAACAGCAAACAUCCCGAACACGCGUUCUUCGAGUUCACGUUCCGGCGAUUUUUUGACGCCGGAGGACAGGCCUAUCCCAUCAAACUCAGUGAUAGCAACAGUUCCAACAAUAGCAACGAUACCGGACAGGGAUCUCCUGUCUAUACUAUGAGGAAUGACACAAACAAAUGA